AUGACUGACGGCUUGGUGACAUUCGGGGAUGUGGCCAUUGACUUCUCUCAGGAGGAGUGGGAAUUCCUGAACCCUGCUCAGAGGGACUUGUAUGUGGAUGUGAUGUUGGAGAACUACAGCAACUUGGUCUCACUGGAUUUGGAGUCGACAUAUGAGACAAAAAAUACAUUUUCAAAAAAGGACAUUUUUGAAAUAAAUUUUUCCCAGUGGAAGAUAAAGGAAAGAAGUAAAACCAUUGAGCUCGAGGCAUCCAUUUUCAAAAAUAACUGGAAGUAUAAGAGCAGAUUCAAGGGGCUCCAGGGACACCAAGAGAGAUUCUUCAGUCAAGUGAUAAUCAGCUAUGAAAAAAUGCCCACUUACAAAAAUGCCUAUCAACUUACUGUGCAUCAGAGAUUUCAUACUGGUGAGAAACCUUAUGAAUGUAAGGAAUGUGGGAAGACCUUUAGUUGGGGAUCAAGCCUUGUUAAACAUGAGAGAAUUCAUACUGGUGAGAAACCCUAUGAAUGUAAAGAAUGUGGGAAGGCCUUUAGUCGUGGCUAUCACCUUACUCAACAUCAGAAAAUUCAUAUUGGUGUGAAAUCUUAUGAAUGUAAAGAAUGUGGGAAGGCCUUUUUUUGGGGCUCAAGCCUUGCUAAACAUGAGAUAAUUCAUACAGGUGAGAAACCUUAUAAAUGUAAAGAAUGUGGGAAGGCCUUCAGUCGUGGCUAUCAACUUACUCAGCACCAUAAAAUCCAUACUGGUAAGAAACCUUAUGUAUGUAAAAUUUGUGGAAGGGCUUUUUGUUGGGGCUAUCAACUUACUCGACAUCAGAUAUUUCAUACUGGCAAGAAACCCUAUGAAUGUAAGGAAUGUGGGAAGACCUUUAAUUGUGGCUCUAGUCUGGUUCAACAUGAGAGAAUCCAUACAGGUGAGAAACCCUAUGAAUGUAAAGAAUGUGGAAAGGCCUUUAGUCGUGGCUAUCACCUUACUCAACAUCAGAAAAUCCAUACUGGUGAGAAACCUUUUGAAUGUAAGGAAUGUGGGAAGGCUUUCAGUUGGGGUUCAAGCCUUGUUAAACAUGAGAGAGUUCAUUCUGGUGAGAAAUCUUAUGAAUGUAAAGAAUGUGGAAAAACCUUUGGUAGUGGCUAUCAACUUACUCGACAUCAGAUAUUUCAUACUGGUGAGAAACCCUAUAAAUGUAAGGCAUGUGGGAAGGCCUUUAACUGUGGCUCAAGUCUGGUUCAACAUGAGAGAAUCCAUACUGGUGAGAAACCCUAUGAAUGUAAAGAAUGUGGAAAGACCUUUAGUCGUGGCUAUCACCUUACUCAACAUCAGAAAAUCCAUACUGGUGAGAAACCUUUUAAAUGUAAGGAAUGUGGGAAGACUUGUAAUCAUGGUAAACAUCUUAAAAUACAUCAGGGAAUUCAUCCUAAUGAGAAGCCAUUUGAAUUAGAAUUGUAG